UCGCAACAACAUUCAUGCCAAUAAAGCUCUUCUCAACUGAACUCAACUGAGUCGACUCCCAAAGAUCCGAUUCGUUCUUAAAUGACUCCUGACUCGCGGAUCCAGCUCAUUCAGAACCCGCGUGGCCGCGCGUGAGCCCAGCGUCUCUCCCACGUUUCCAGAGAGUUCCACGUUAAAAGAUCCAUGAUGGCGGGAUGCAUUAAUCAAACCAACGUGAAGUUUUCGAACAUCUUCCGUAAGGGACCCGGGGCGUACAGGGACCUGACCCAGGAUCAGGAUCAAAUUGUGGACGGUCAGGAGAUCUCGGUGGAGCUGAAGUCCUCCGGUGAGGCAGAAGAAGAAAUGGGUGGAUCUUUCGCUCAGAGACAGCAGAACUCUGACAGCAAGUGGAGCAAUGUGGCGAAGAUCGCCGUCGUCCUUUUGUUCUUCUUUAUCGCUGGGUACCUUAUUGGUUACGUAUCACACCGUAAGCCCGGGGUCUCUGUGCUGACGCCUGUGACGGUGAGCAGCACUACUGCCAACACUGAAGACGCUGAUGAACAGCCGGAGACUGAACUGGACAACAUUAUCCCCACUGAGCGCUUUACAGACUGGAAGAGUGUCACAGGGGCGCUGAGAGAGCAGCUCACUACCACAGCCUUGGAUAAAACCAUCAGUGACUUUUCAUCUGCGAACCAUCAGGCUGGCAGUGAUGGAGACCACAACUUGGGGAAGAAGAUGCUGGAGAAGUUCCAGAGUCUGGGCAUGGACACGUGGAUGGACGUGCACUACGUUAAACUGCAGGUGCCAACCAAGGAGAACAGCGUGUCAAUCGGGUCGGAGACAGUCGCAAACCCGAAAGGAUAUUUAGCUUAUAGCGCAGCAGGAACCAAACAGGGAGUGGUGGUGUAUGCUAACUACGGCCAAAAGGAAGAUCUGGAGAUCCUUCAGCGUGAGGGAUUGAACCUGACCGGGAGCAUCGCUCUGCUGAGGGCUGGGCAGAUCAGCCUGGCGCAGAAGGUUGCAAACGCUGCACGCUUCGGUCUCGCUGCGGUUCUAAUUUACAGGGAGGACACCGAUCAAGAGCUCUACGGCCAGGUUCACCUCGGAACUGGAGAUCCAUACACUCCUGGGUUUCCUUCUUUCAACCACACCCAGUUCCCUCCUUCUAAAUCCUCCGGUCUGCCUGAGAUUCUGGCGCAAACCAUCACCCUGGAAACGGCUCGCAAAAUCUAUCAGCAGAUGAAAGGAAAGGACGCACCCGAAAAUUUCAAAGGAACCCUGCAAGGUGUGAGAUACACACUGGGAGGACAGACGAACGUCAGCGUGACGGUUAAUAACGUCCUCAUUGACACCAAGAUUUAUAACGUGUUCGGAAUCAUUAAAGGCUUCAUGGAUCCAGAUCGAUACGUGGUGCUCGGCGCGCAGAGAGACUCGUUCGGCCCCGGAUUCGCCAAGUCCACCGUGGGCACGUCGCUGCUGGUGGAGCUUGCCAGGGCCAUAACCGCCAUGGUGAAAGAUGGGUUUAAGCCGAGGAGGAGCAUGGUGUUUGCCAGCUGGAGCGGUGGAGAUUUCGGCAGCAUCGGUUCUACAGAGUGGCUUGAGGGGUACCUCUCCUCCCUCAACCUCAGGGCCUUUAGCUACAUCAGUCUGGACUCCACUGUGUCCGGUAAAAAUAACUUCAAAGCCUCCUCUAGUCCAUUGUUACAGAAUCUCCUAAAGAAGACAAUAAAUGAGCUGUCGUUUAUUUCGGAGACACAGCGCACCAUUACUCAGGAUUUUGGUCGAUCAGACUGGGACAAAGUAGUGCUGCAGCCCAUGAGGAUGGAGGACGGAGCGUAUCCUUUCCUGGCCUUCUCCGGAAUUCCGUCAGUUUCUUUCCGUUUCGUAUCAGACAGCGUGAGUUCGUCUCCCUCAUUAUUGGCCUCAGACUAUAAGUAUUCUGGAACGCCUCUGGACAUCAGAGAAAAGCUGAACGAGGCCACCGAUGGAAAGCUCCUGGACGUCUGUGUGUCUGCGGCUCAGGUGGCGGGACAGAUGGCGCUCCGGCUCGUCCACGAUCACAUCCUCAAUCUGGAUGUUAACGAGUACACGCGCAUCAUCAGGAAGAACGCAGUCCGGCUCCUGAAGGAGAUCCACACCGUUGAAGCUCUAAGUCCUGACGCGUCCUCAGUGCUGAAACCAUCGUGGCUCUCGUCCGCAAUAGGCUCGUACUCCCGCGCCGUCUCUUCUCUGCAGAACGAAAUUCGGAACAGUGAUCUGGACGUCCCAGAUACGUGCCGCAAAAUCAACGACCGCAUCAUGAGGGUGGAGCACAACCUUCUGUCUCCAUACGUCUCCCCAAAAGACGUCCCGUUCCGUCACAUCAUCUUUGGCGCGGGUGAUUACAGCGUCAGCGCUCUGCUCGAGCACCUCACCUCCCUCAGACAGAAGGCCGUGGGUUCCGACGCCGAUCUGUUCCGUAACCAGUUCGCGCUGAUCACCUGGACCAUCCAGAGCUGCGCUAACGACCUAGCAGGAGACGUCUGGGCUCUGGACAACCUCAUCUGAUCCUCAUCAUCUGGUCCAAAAGCUGCUUAAAAUGAUCUCAGUAACGAAUAAGUAUUAAGUGAAUGGAAUAAUAAUCCAGAUCUAUGUGGUUAGCGUAGGUUUGGCUAGUAAACUAAGGGUUAAUGUUGCGUGGAGGGUUAGUCGAUAAUCAUUUAGUUCUGGGCGAUGUGACACAAUAAAAAAUAUAUAAAUUACUAUAGUUUAUAAUCAGCGACUUUUUUAGAGCAGAAACACGACAAUUAUUUAGGCAGAUUUUUGGUUCAUCUACGAGUGUGAGUGAGAUCUUAAUCUUCUCUGUCCGGAAGGUUUUCACAACAUUGUACGCAGGACGAUAACGCCUCAGUCCCCUCCAGAGUAGGGUACAUACACACUUCUCCCAGCGACACGUUUCAUGCGCGUUUCAGUCCGCCCUUCUCAGCUGCCAGGUCACAGCAAUGUCGUGCAAAUUCUUGUUAUAUUAACUAUGGCUGGAUACUUUUCUGGACAGACCGUGUAGGUGUGUGUGGGAAGAGAUAUUGAAUCGGAACCCUUUUUUUUCUUUUUAAAAAGCGUAUUACAGUAUGAUAUUUGGUGUCAUGUCGCCCAGCCUUAAUGUCCUGCAUUGAUUUCCGUUAAUGAAACUCUUUACUUGAUGAACCUGACUUUAAGUUUUAGUUGUUAAAUAAUCAGAUAAUCUAAUAAUCAGCAGGAAUUCCUCAUUUAUAAUAAUAAUAAUAAUAAUAACGAUAACAAUUAUAUAAAGUUUAUACAUGAUUAUAAACUCUUCAGUAAGAAUCCCCAGCUUGAAGCACAUAGAUGUGAACAGGUGCACUUAUUUCUCAGGUUCUGACCCGGUGCGGUUCGAUUUAAUCCUCGACGGCUCAGAAUUAAAACCUCAUCAAAAAUGUAAUUCUGCUUUAAUCGCUUGAAGUUCUAAAUGAAUUCCCUGAUGGGGAGAAAAAGAAACACUGCUUUUGGAUCAUAUGAUUUAUCAUUUUGAACGGAAAGUAAUGUGUGUUUGUCUGUCUCUAUUUAUUUAUCAGUGACAGUGUUCACUAUAAAUGUUUUGUACUUUUUUUUUAUUGUUAUUAUUAUUUUUUUUUUUACAUUAUCGGAAGCAGUGCCUUCCAUAAUUGUGACGGUUAUACUGUCAGUUUAUAAAGCAGCAUCUGCUCUGAGGAAUACACGUUUCCAAACAAGCCGUCACCAGAAAUAAGCCGGUGUUUGUCUUUCUCCGGACCGCUCAGGAACUCGACCACGUGUCACAAAGCUGCUGAGAAAAUCAGAGUUAAACUGUAGACAGAAAUUCUGUGAUAAAAUCUUUAAAAAAGAAAUUUGACAAAAAUGUCACUUUGUGGAAAUUUUAACAGCGUGUGUAUGUGUGCUGAUAUAAAAUUUGACUUGAUGAAUUGUCAUAUUUUAUAAUAAAUAUAAAAAUAUAUAUAUUGUCAUUUUUAUCCCUCAGCACCGGUCAGAGCAAAAAAAACAUGGAUUAAUUUCCAAUCACAGCAGCUCUGACUGACUGUUUAAUUUUCACUAGACUAAAUUUCCCCCUAUACAUAUACUUUAAACAUCUGUGUAAUGCGUAAAUCCCACAAGCAUUAAACCGCUCGCUCUUGACACACCGCUCAAAUGAAAAUCCCUUACAAGACGCGCGAUAAUAAAAAUUCCUCAGCGUCAGGAACAAACACUAAUCGUUGGAAUCGCGCUCUUGUAUAAAAAUAAUCCACUUAUUCAGUUAUAAACAAUCAGCACUCGCAGGUCAGCGGUUUCUGUGACUACGCUUGUAUUUUUGGAACAUGUUUCUCAUUCUGAAACAUUAUCGGGAGCAGUGUCUUCCAUAAUGUAUUGUGUGACGGUAGUUUUUGCCUACCGGUGUGUAUUUAUCGGGGGCAGUGUCCCUCAUAUUUCACUGUAGGGUGGAGUUUAUUAUCGGGAACAGUGUUUCCCAUAGUUUUUUACAUAUUUAUGUCGUGUUCUGUGUUUGUUUUUGUUUUUUUCCCCUCUGUUAUGGAUUGUUUGUGUUUGAAGAAAUAUUAGCGUUUCUCCUGAAGCACUUAUUUAAUUUACUCCUGAAGCAGUUAUUGUAACAAAAAAAAUUGCAAUACAAAAUAAAUCAAAUUGUCAGGUUAAAAAGGUAAAAUUUGCUAAAUGUUUUAAAUUGUUCAUUGUUUAGGACAUUGUCGAGUGACCACCAGGAGAAAUGUGUACACUUUCUUCUUUUCAAGACCUUUUAGUUUAAAAAGUGUGUCUCUGAAGUUUGCUUUCACACCUGUUAAUCCGCGUGUUUGGUCUGAAUCGGAGUGAAGUCGAUCCUUUUGAUUUGGUUUGGUUUCAUACUGCACACCUUUAAACCUGAGAUGUGUGUAGGACUUAAAAUCUUUUUAAAAAAUUAUAAUAAUUAAGAUGAUUGGAACAAAAAUCCCCUGAACAGGAUCAGAAAAUAAUUUUAAUCAUUUAAAUUAAUUAUUUGAUAAUUAAGUGUUUCAUCAGAGCACUAACAUACUUUUCAAACACAUGGCUUAUUAGAUUCACUUUCUCACUGCACUAGCACUCGCGCUUGAAAACAUGCUAAAAGCUGCAGAUGUGAAAGCACACGCAAUAGAGCACUUCUUCAGUUCAGUGGUGUGUGUGUGUGUGUGUAGAAGAAACCUAGAGGAAAAAAUGGCUUGUAAUUGGUUUAUAAAUUGUGGUUGUUUGCUCUUUUAGGCAGAAUGAAUACUCUUACUGAAACUUUCUCUCUCGCUCGCUUUCUGUCUUUUUGUCUAAACUUUUCUGAAGGCAUGAACCAGCUCUUAAACAAUACGAUGUUACAAUACAAUGAGCUGUUCUAUUCCCUCAUUAAGUUUACACUCGUAUUCCACAGGAUCUUAAAGGAAAACACACUGCUGUAGGCUCAGUUUGUCUUUUGGGUUUAAACACUGUAUGGUGAUGGAUCUAUGUGGGGUUUUUUCUAGUUGGAAGUGUGUAUGAUUUGAAAAUGGUUCAGUCUAAUCUCUCUGAAUGUAUUUUUUUUCCGUCCAAUAAACAUCAUCUUAUGCUUA